CAAAGAGGAGAUGACAGCUAGCUCUCAUAGGUAGAAGACUACGAGAAGGCACAGAGUGUAAGUGCCAAGAGUUCUUGGCUACUUGUACAUCGGUGAAGGCUUUGCUGAGCGGAGGACAAAGAGUGGCACGAGCUGGGGUUGAUUCGUCUCUGGCGCUUCUGUUGUAACCUGAAGCUGCAGUUGUGUGGUGCUACGAGCAAGGCGUCCGCGCGGUCCCCCCAAACAUCUCAAAGGACCCCCGAGCUGCGGGCCGCCUCGAAGCAAGAAGCUGAGCCAUGGACUUGGAGAUCCUGGGCGCAAUCAGCGGUGAGCUCUUUCACUGCCUCAAGGCAUCAGAGCUUCGGCAGCUGGAGCAAGUCUCAGACUUGAAGCUUGCCAUUUCCAGGGCCAAAGGCCUGCAGAGCCCAUCGAUGAUUCGACUCUAUGACCACCAGGCGCUGGUACAGGACGAUCUAUCCCUCCCAGAGCUUUGGCGGCGUCAAGGAAGCUUGAAAGCUCUUGUUGUCAUACUAGAAGAUGACCAGGAUCUGGAUGAGAGGCUGCCGGCCCUGCUGCAGCUGCCACUCCAGGACGUGCAGGGCCUGCGGGGCCUGCUGCAGCGUGCGCUUGAGCGCAAGGCCCAGGUGAUGAGAGACCUGCCACAGGAGCUUCAAGCGGACCGCUCUUUAGUCUUCAGCGCUGUGGCGAAGAACUGGAAGGUGUUGAAGUUCUGCUCUGCUGACUUCCAAGAUGACUUGGACAUUGUGCAGCAGGCGGUUCUGCAGAACACCACCGCUUUGCAGUUCGCCUCAACAAGGCUUCGCGGCCAUCGCGGCCUCGUGAUGCAGGCCAUCUCGCUCAACACCGCAGUCCUGCAGUUUGCAACCACAGAACUUCGAGAAGAUGUCCAGCUCAUGAAGGAAGCUCUGCGUCGGAACCCCUUCGCACUACGUUUCGCCAGUCAAAAACUAGCAGAGCACAAGGAGCUGGUCCUAGAUGCCGUGAGAGCUGAAGGCCUCACGCUGCUCUACGCUGGCGAGCAGCUUAAGGGCGAUCGGCAGGUGGUGCUGGCAGCUGUGCAACAGCAGGGCUGCGCAUUGCUGUUUGCCUCUGAUAGUAUGCGCAGUGACCGCGCUGUGGUGUUAGAGGCUAUCCAGCAGAACGGCAUGGCUUUGCAGCAUGCCAGCGAGGAGCUGCAAAUGGACAAGGAUUUGAUAGUGGAGGCCGGCGCUCACAAGCCGCACUUGAGCGAGAAGGCCCGAACAUCCCAUCAGCAGGCUUGCCUCAGCCCCCGCUACGAAUUUAUGUCUCCUCCGCGGAGGCGGCUGGAAGCGUACAUGAGGGCGCCUUCCCCUUCCGUUGCCUGACGUACUCUUCAGUUCUCCAUGGACUGAGCUCGACCGGAGAGUUGCAUUGCUCCCAAGCCUAGUAGGCCAAUGAUAAGAGCAGCCACUCACAUUCUGAGCGGCUUUUGCCAAAACUCGAACAUGUGUGUUUGUUACAAGUGCUGUUUGGUGGACU